CCCGCGGCGGAGCCAAGUUCGGGGCGCGGGCCCCGGGUCCCUCGCGGUACCUGCUCGGCUGCGCGCGGCGUCUGCGGAUCCGCCGCCGCGAACAGUCGCGUCCCCAUCUGGCUCCCGCCCCGCAGCCGCCGCGCCUCCAGCACCGCCUCGCGGCCUUCCCCGCCCUGCUCGGCGUCCUGCCUCUGCGCCCCCGCCCCAAUCUCCUCCUCUUUUUCUCACUACGAGCGGCGGCGGCUGCUGAAGCCGAGCGUCCCUCCGGCUCCGCGGCAGACAUGGCGACGCUGACGGUGGUCCAGCCGCUCACUCUGGACCGAGAUGUUGCAAGAGCAAUUGAGUUACUGGAAAAGCUGCAGGAAUCUGGAGAAGUCCCAGUGCACAAGCUACAGUCCCUCAGAAAAGUGCUGCAGAGUGAGUUUUGUACAGCAAUUCGAGAGGUAUAUCAAUAUAUGCAUGAAACGAUAACAGUUAAUGGCUGUCCCGAAUUCCGUGCAAGGGCCACAGCAAAGGCAACAGUUGCAGCUUUUGCAGCUAGUGAAGGCCACUCCCACCCUCGUGUAGUUGAGCUGCCAAAAACCGAUGAAGGCCUUGGUUUUAACGUGAUGGGAGGAAAAGAGCAAAACUCCCCAAUUUAUAUCUCUCGCAUCAUUCCUGGAGGGGUGGCAGAAAGACACGGAGGACUCAAAAGAGGAGACCAGCUGCUCUCCGUGAAUGGAGUGAGCGUGGAGGGAGAACACCAUGAGAAAGCUGUGGAACUACUCAAGGCUGCUAAGGACAGUGUCAAGCUGGUGGUCAGAUACACCCCCAAAGUCCUGGAGGAAAUGGAGGCUCGCUUCGAAAAGCUCCGGACAGCCCGGCGUCGACAGCAGCAGCAACUGCUCAUUCAGCAGCAGCAACAGCAACAACAGCAACAAACACAACAAAACCACAUGUCGUAGGCCCUUGAGGAGAAGCUACUUGAUCAAGCAUCUGAUAGUCACAAAUUUGAAAACAUGCUUCAGAACCCCAGCACACAGAAAAAGACAAUGCCAAUAAUUAUACCUGUCAACAAGCUGUGAACACAUGGUGUACAAAUUCUUUACCAAGACAACUCAACACCUCCUUUCUCGGGGCCCGCACUCCCUGCUCCCGUGCUCUUUACACACACAGCCCUUCCAUGCAAUGCAGUGGGCAUUCCCAGUGGGUAGGGGGAGGGAUUUUCCAUUCUACAGCCUGAAGCAGAAUAAGAACAAAAUCUGUGACUUUCAAAUA